CCACUGCCACCAUGUUGCUGUCGCGGGAGAUCGUAUACAUGUGGCGGGACAUCCACGGGGACCCCAUCACCGGCGGCUGGCACAUGUUCAGGGGGAGAUCCGUCUUCCGCCUGAGGGAGGAGCUGGCCAGGCUGCUGAACGCUGUCCAAGUCUUGGGCGUCGCCGACCUUGUCAUGUGCCUCCCCACACGUGAUGGCCGGCUUUUCCCACUCAUCGUCGACCUGCCCAGCAACCGCCAGAGCUUCCACAUCGUCGUCGUCGUCGCCGGGACGCCUCCCCACGCGGCGCUGCGGUACGCGGAUGUCGAUGCAGAGUAGAGAGAUACCAGAGCCGGGACCCCUAGAAGUCGCCUUCAAAAGUGUCGCCGCCCCGGACACGAUGACAUUAGAACUCAGUUCCUUCUGUUGACAUACUGGUUCAGGAAAACCCAGUAGUUGUUGUGUUUCUGCUAGGGGUCCUGACAGUAAGAAACCUAUUUGAGUUGGCCCCGGACACGAUGACAUUAGAACUCAGUUCCUUCCGUUGACAUACUGGUUCAGGAAAACCCAGUAGUUGUUGUGUUCCAGCUAAACUUGGUUUGUUCUCCUGACAGUAAGAAACC